AUGGACUCAUCCCUCCUAGACACAGACUGGAUCUGGCAUCCAGAUUGGGUGGACUAUGGCCAAGGCACAGCAGGAGGCUUCGUCCACUUUCGCAAGGCUCUACAACUUGACCAUGUGCCGUCGGGGCCACUGGUCAUCCAGAUCACGGCUGACACCAAGUACAAACUGUACAUCAACCACCAGAAUGUCCACAGUGGUCCAGUCAAGGGAGACGAACACAUGUGGUUCUACGACGAGCUCGAUAUCCAGCCCUUUUUGAAGACUGGCGUCAACCACAUCGGCAUCAAGGUCCUGAGGUUCUUUCACGCUUCGGCGCAUGCGACGAGUUUCCCGAGGAUGCCGAUUCCGGGCCUUUUUGUUCGCACACCGGACAAGGAGGCUCGCGCAAAGUUCGGAAUCCAGAGUGACGACUCUUGGGAGACGAGCCUCGACACUUCCCUCAUCUUGCGCGUCGACCAAGACGAGGACGACUUUUUGCACGUCUACGAGAAGACCAACCCUGACCCGGGUAUUUCCAGUACCUCAACACUCCAAUGGAUUCGGGCAGUCUGUCUCGAGCUGCCCAAGUCACACGGCAUCUCACCACCAUGGGUCCUCACGCCCCGUAUGAUACCAGUCGCCAAGGUCUCGCCCCUCUCGUUCCAAGAGAUUCACAACAUCCAAAGCUCGAUCCCUCUAUCAGCAUGGGAAGAUUGCCUUCUCAACAAAGACAAUCGCGCGCCGCUGGUUUUCCCACGGGGAUCGGUGCAUCAUGUGGAGCUUGAGCUCCCUCAUCACGCCACGGCAUGGCCAACCUUCCGGUUCAAGCGACCUGAUCUCCCGGGGAGCCGCUUGACAGUCACCUAUUCGGAAGCCUAUGAAGACGAGCCCCUCUCUACCCCCUACGCUCGCAGCAAAGGAGACCGGCGCGACACCAACAAAUUGCUCACGGGUCCUCAAGAUGAAUACUACACCUCUCAAGCCAGGGAAGAAGAGACGUUUGCGCCCUUCCACUUCCGCACACUACGAUUCAUGGCCCUUUAUAUUCUUGUCAGUGACCAAUGCCCUCUGGAGCUGAUAGGGGUCGAGCUGGACAUGACACACUAUCCCCUAGAUGUCCUCGGAGGCUUCAGCAUUCCCGGCGCGCCGGAGCACGACACCUACUAUCAAAAGAUGUGGAGAAUCAGUGUUCGAACUUUGACAAACUGCAUGCACGACUGCUACGAGGAUUGCCCAUUCUACGAGCAGCUCCAAUACGCCAUGGACGUCCGGAGCUCCUGUCUGUUCACCUAUGCCGCGGCGGGCGACGACCGCAUGGCACGUCAAGCCAUAGUGCAGCUGCACAACUCGUAUCGGCCAGGUGUUGGCCUCAUCGCCAGCCGUAGCCCAAGCCACCAGCUUCAGAUCAUCCCGCACUUCUCGCUGUUCUGGAUUUGCACAGUGGCGGAUCACUUCCAACACUACGCCGACGCUGGCUUUACCCGGCGAUUUCUGGCAGCCUGUGACGGUAUCCUGGAGACGUUUGCCCGACGGAUCGACUCUAACUUGGAUCUCGUUUCCGCAAGUCAGGAGGCACUGGGUACGCACUGGGACUUUGUCGAUUGGACGAACGAGUGGCGGCCCAUGGGCAUCCCCCCAGCCGCGAAGCGAACCGGGUUCCAGACAUAUACUAACAUGAUCUAUGCGUACACGCUCCGAGCCGCAGCAUCAGUGGUGGGCAAGACAGGAAGACCUGCUGUCGCAUCAGAGUACGAAUCGCGGGCAGACGCCGUCAUCGAGGCUGUCCGGGCGCGCUGCCAAGUCGACACGCUCUUCACAGACGGUCUGGCCUCCUCGGCGGAUCUCGCGGAGGACUUCAGCCAGCACAACCAGAUCUGGGCCGUUCUCAGCGGCGCAGUGACGGGGGGCGCGGCUCACGAUUUGUUGGUGCGCUCACUGCCUGCAGCCCGGGACAUGGGCCUCAUGCCAUCGAGGUCUGUCCAGGACGACACGCAGCACCCGAAGCUCACCGAGCCAUCCAUGGCCAUGUCCUUCUACAUGUUUCGCGCCCUCUCAGCUGUGGGUGGACGUCUCUACGAUGACUUGUUCCACUCUCUCUGGGGACCUUGGAAGGCACAGAUAUCGCAGAACUUGACAACGUGGUGUGAGGAUGACGUGACGCGACGGUCCGAUUGCCAUGCGUGGUCCUGCGCGCCGUUGUACGAAUUCAUGUUCGAGGUGGCCGGCAUCUAUCCUGGUGAAGCCGGGUGGGCAGUAAUCGCUUUCAAGCCGCGUCUGAGUCUGUUCAGGGAUUUCGAGUGCCGGGUGCCGCUUGGUGGAAGACUGGCCCCAGGGGUGGCACAUGUUUCCUGGAAACGCGGGCGCGACGAGUCGACCACAUUGAUCUCGGUGGAGUUGCAGGGUGUCAGCGAGAAGGCAGUUCCCAUCCGGGUUGAGCUUCCUAAUGGGCAGAGGGAAGAAUACGUGGGACCGGUCGUCUCCUUGCGAGUCUAG